AUGAGACGCACCUCCAUCGAAGCCUACCACGAAUCCGAAUACCUCGACCACUGCUACUCAUCCAAGAUCCUCGAUGUGCAAGCCGCCUCAACUCUUCUGCACAGUGCCUUGGAGCUUGAACAGGGUACUCGGUAUCUAAAUGAUGUAGCAGUGCAAGUCUGGCAUCUUCCAGCUGCUCCAAGACAAUCGAAGCGGCGGAGCAACUUCAAUCUCAUCCCGCAGGAUGUGCGCGCGCGUUCUGGACUCGAGCUGGAGAUACCACCCGGGAGCAUCCCGUACAACGCGCAGACAGAUGGCAUGGACGAUAUCGAGAUGUCAGAAAGCUAUGCCGCGUCACGCUUCAAAGUCCAGCAGCCAUUUCCACUUCUACCACCACUGCUGAACAACGACAACCCAGCCUCGCCACCGUUCAACUUCUCCGAGGACUUUUCUCGCGAGGAAGAAAGCAUCUUGCCACUUUACUGGGAGGCACAUCUCGCAAGGAAUCUCUACGCCUGGCUUGAAUACCCCGAGACGCUGUCGAUGCAGUAUGAGCUCAGCUAUCUGGAUCUUCAGGGCAAUGAUGGCAAUUCAUUGGACUUGAAGUUCGAAGCGAAAGAUUACGAGAGGAUUAAACUUAGGCAUAUACGCUUACCUGAGACAAGCAGUACAAGUGAUGAGCGAGAGUGGAUCAUCAUCGAAGUCCAGCUCAGGUGCGCAGACUCUAUGGCAGCAGAGUGGUCGCCAGGAUGCGAAGAAUCAGCGAUGCCGUACUGGCUCCUCGGAUUACCAGUGACGGCGGUAAUACCUUCACAACGCACCCUCAUCGAUGCCAACAAGCAUCAAAUCACAACCUGGUCACUCGCCAACACCAACCACGUCCCAUCCAUCCAUGGUCGCGGCGUAUCUCGACGUUUCGCUCACAACUUCAUGUGUGCCUGCGCCAAAGGGUUCGGCACGAUUGAGGUAGGCCACUCACCAUCAGUAGCAGACCGCAUGGGGUGA